AUGGGUUGCAAUAUUAAGCUAUCAUUCUUCGUAUUCGUAACUGCAAUAAUUGCUACAAGCUAUUCUCUUACCAAACGUAAUAUUAUCUUACAGAAUCAUAUUGAUGAUACGCUUCAGGAUGAUCUGCGAUCAACAUCAUUACAUCCCAUUCUUUUUUGGAACCAAGUCGUGCUGCAAGCUUGUGCAAAUGAUUAUGAUAAAGUUGUAGUUUUCAGACCAGACCAAGAUGAUCCAGCAGCAACAGCGCGUGCCUUUGCUAUCAUUCAUAAUGCCAUGUAUGAGGCGGUGAAAAGUUUCGAUCGAAUCCAUCAACAUGUUACAGAAGGAAGUCGACCGUUGUCCAACGAUUCUAUUGCUAAACAAUAUGGAAUGAUUGCAUCUAUAAUAGAAGCUGCCUAUCAAACAUUGUCAUUCUUGUAUCCACAACAGCGUCCUCUUUUCGAUGCAAUCUAUCGAGCUCAUUUGUAUCAAAUAAGAAAUAAAACUAAUUCACAAGGUGAUAUAAACAUUGGUCUUAGCGUUGGCCAGUUAACCAGCUCUUUUAUGAUUGAAAAUCGAAAAUCGGAUGGUAGUUUUGGCAACGCUCUAUACACAACUCGCAGGCAACCCGGUUAUCAUAAACCUGAUCUGAUUCAUUCGAAAAAAGGUUUUCUAGGUGUUCACUAG